AUGUCUCUCCCCUUCCUCAGACCAUCAAGUCUUCCCCGCCCCUCAACAAUCCGUCAAUUCCUACGCGCCACAAACACACGCACCUACUCAACCCCUUCGACGCCUUCAACCCCCGAACCCACCACCUCCACCCCAUCCCCAAUCAACGCCUCCACCAAACCCUACCGCGUCCUGCUGUCCCCCUCAAACCAAUACCCGGUCUACCAAAUCAGCAAACGCGGCGGCAACAAGCACGAAACCAAGAUCAAGAACAUCCAAGGCGACGUCCAGGCCUUGCGCAGCGAUUUACAGGAGCUGUUGAGCGAGGAGGGGAAGGAGAAGGUGGAUGUGAUGUUGAAGAAUAGUAAUGGGCAACUGGUUGUGAAGGGACAUAAGAGAAUUGUGAUAUCAAAGUUCUUCGAGGCGCAGAAUGUGGGGUAUAAGCAGGUGAUUGAGACGUUAUGA